UUACACCUGCUAGUACUGUCACCAGACUCACCACUAUGUCUCAGGCCUUUUUCUUCAAAACCCUUUUCUUAUUUUUCAAUCGCAUUCUCUUUGGAAAAGUUAGUUUCCAUAGAAAUCUUAGCAACAACCAUGCAACAACACAGCUUUUAAAAUAUCAAAAGUAUCCUUUUCUUGCUCUUAGAUCAGACCUCUCAAGCAAAACUUUGAUCUUCAAUGUGGAAGAAGUUUUGCUAAAAUCCCCAUCCUUGUUCCCAUACUUCAUGCUUGUGGCAUUUGAAGCUGGGGGCUCCUUAAGGGCUAUUGUUCUCUUUCUCUUAUACCCUUUGAUUUGUUUGGUAAGUAAAGAGAUGGGCUUAAAAAUUAUGGUCAUGGUUUGCUUCUUUGGGAUCAAGAAAGAGAGAUUUAAAGUUGGAAGAGCGGUUUUGCCAAAGUUUUACCUAGAAGAUGUGGGCUUGGAGAUCUUUGAGGUGUUGAAAAGAGGUGGGAAAAAAGUAGCUGUGAGUAAGUUGCCUCAAGUAAUGGUUGAGGAAUUCUUAAGAGAAUAUUUGGAGAUUGAUGUUGUUGUUGGGAGAGAGCUAAAGGUGUUUCAUGGGUAUUUUGUGGGACUAAUCGAAGAGAAGAAGAAAGAUAUGAUUUGGUUGGAGGAAAUUCUUGUAAAGGAUAUAGUGGACAGUAACAUGAUAGGCAUAAGUGGCUUCAACAUUUCACUUGAUGAUCACCAAUUGUUCUCCCGAUGCAAGGAAAUUUAUUUGGUGGGCAAAGCUGAUAAGAGGAGCUGGCAAAGGCUACCAAAACAGAAAUACCCCAAGCCAUUAAUCUUCCACGAUGGUAGGUUGGCUCUGAGACCAACCCCGCUAGAUACUGUAGCAAUAUUCAUGUGGGCACCAUUUGGGAUUAUCUUAUCCAUUUUCAGAAUUCUUAUCAGUAAAUCACUGCCCACCAACAUAUCUACUCCUCUUAAUGCCUUUACUGGGAUGUACCUUACAACUACAAUGCCCAAAAACUCUUAUUCACUUUCAAACACAGAGAAAGGUAAAAAAUCCAAAGGCCUUCUUUAUGUUUGCAAUCACAAAACACUUUUGGACCCAGUUUACUUGAAUGUGAUUCUAAACAAAAGUGUUACUGGGGUCACAUAUAGUGUAAGCAGAAUUUCAGAGACGUUAUCACCCAUCAAAACCGUUCGGUUAUCGAGGAAUCGCGAUCAAGAUGGUAGAAUGGUUGAGAGUUUGUUGAAUCAAGGGGAUGUAGUUGUUUGCCCAGAAGGGACCACUUGUAGAGAACCCUAUCUGUUAAGAUUUAGUCCAUUGUUUGCUGAAUUGGGUGAUGUUAUAGUCCCAGUUGCAAUUGACUCCCAUGUCACCAUGUUCUAUGGUACAACUGCAAGUGGGCUUAAGUGUUUGGACCCACUCUUCUGCCUCAUGAACCCUACACCAAUGUACACCGUUCAAUUUCUUGAGAAGGUGUCUGGGUUAUCCAAGUCUUGUAGUACUAGUAGUAAUGGUGUGGUAUCAAAGUUUGAUGUGGCUAACCACGUGCAAAGUGAGAUUGGGAAAGCUCUAGGGUUUGAGUGCACCAACCUUACAAGGAGAGACAAGUACUUGAUUUUGGUAGGUAACGAAGGGAAAGUUUGAAAACUAGUUGAUCACCAACUUAAUAAAUAUGCAUCCAUUAAUUUGGAUGGGUCUGGAUAAAAUUAUUAAAAUCCCUAUGUCUUCCUAUCAGUGUUCAAUUUUAUGCUUUAUAUUGUUUUCAUUUUUUUUUCUUUAAAAAUAUAUAUAUAUAUAUAUAUAAAAUAAAAUAAAAUGACACAUUGUAUAUUGUAAUUAAUGAAAUAUAAAAUGAAACCCUAAGAGUGAGAUUGACGAUUUUUAUUUUGCAUUUGAAAAAUUUUCUCACCUAAAAAGGUUCAUUUGAAAUAAGUGUAAGUUUUGGGAUUUAAGGUUGAUUGUGUACUCAACAGGCAGGCACAUAUGCCUCCCGGCUCCCCCUCUUUAAUUACAAAAUGGUGGAUUAUCAAGCAACAAGUCAAGGCAGAAGUAUAUACAGUCUUCUUUAUUGUUACUUUUUGUUUGUGUAAUUUGUUCGUUUGUAACAUUAUGCAGCAAUAUUAAGGAAGCCACAACUAUUUUACCUACUGGUUCA